AAGUCGACCCGAAAGAACGUCUUAUAGCAGCUGUUAAGAAGGAAGUUAAGCAGUUGAUGGAAGAAGCUGUUACAAAAAAAUAUAUACACGAAGAUAGCAGCUCGGUUACACAAUUAUGUGCUGCCGUUGAAGCUUGCUUGAGUCAGGGCUUGCGGCGUCGAGCUUUGGGAUUAUUCAAAACAUCAUCGACAACUGCAUUGCUUCAUAAAAUUGCCAAAUCUAGUGAAGAUGCUGAGCAUAUAAGUAAGAAAGUUUUGGAAAUUGAAGCAGCCGAUCCGAGUAAACGUUCAUCAUCCAGCGGCGAUAGUGUCAAUCGGCCACCGAUGUUAAAGAAGGGCAGUAGUACAUCGGUGACAACGAUGAGUUUGAGUGGUACAAAUAUUGCAAUGGCUUCAAUGAAAUAUUUAUGGAUCCGACUGGCAUUGUACGAGAAGAAGUUGGCUAAAAUUAUUGAAUAUUUAGUUGCAAAUGCUAAUACAUAUUACGAUCGUGACUCCCUUGUGGCAGAUUCCGACUAUGGUUCCAUACUGAGCUCACUUUUAGUUGGACCUUGUGCAUUGGAAUUUACGCGAAUUAAAACUGCCGAUCACUACUGGACUGAUCCGCAUGCUGACGAAUUGGUUAAGCGCCAUCGCAUUAGUUCAGGUCGUCGUUCUUCCUCUACUUGCUCAAGGCCACCGAUAUUAAAUUUCAAGCGCAGCCUAAACACCAGUACAGAUGAAGGCACAACCGGUGCCGGCUUCAAGUCAAUAGCUGCAGCAACGGUGGCAAAGGACUACGUAGAGUCGCUGCAUCAAAAUUCCAGAGCUACGCUGUUGUAUGGAAAGAAUAAUGUAUAUGUAGUACCGAAAGACGUGAAUGAAAAAAUGCCUGGUUAUUUGAGCCUUCAUCAGCAUGUGCAGAUGCUCAUCAUUAAAUGGACGCCAAAUCAACUAAUGAACGGCUACAAUGAGGAGGAUGAGGAGGAGGACCAGGAGACGGACAAAGAAUCAUACUGGGCUUAUGCACUCAAUAUCAAUGUAGAUGAGAUCGUAUACGUGCACUGUCACCAGAAUCGUGGCGAGGAUAGUGGCGGCAUUAUAGUACUUGUGGGACAGGAUGGUGUGCAACGUCCGCCAAUACAUUUCCCCGAAGGUGGACACAUGCAACAGUUCCUCAGUUGUUUGGAGACUGGUUUGCUGCCCCACGGGCAAUUAGAUCCACCGCUUUGGUCGCAGCGCGGCAUUGGCAAGAUUUUCCCAUGGCCGAAGAGUGUACGCAGGCGUAUUUUACCUUCGGUAAUGGAAUCAUUUGAUGAAACGCCCAUCGAUUAUGUCUUUCGUAUUGUGAGCAAGAGUAAACAUGAAGAAUUCGCUGCUGCGCAUUCGAUUUUGGACUUUGUGCGCAGCGCUCCUCGUCGUGCUCAGCUCAGCAGCUGUUCGACAACUGGGUCGAGUGAUUGCUCUAGCAAAAGUCUCUCUAUGGAUCAGCAUCCUUUAGAGUCUCCAUUGGUUCAGACAAAGCAGAGUACAAGUAUUGAAAUGGUUUGCUCAACUAUGAGGAGGCAAAUAAUAUCAAGAGCUUUUUACGGAUGGUUAGCAUACUGCAGACAUUUGUCGACAGUACGUACACAUCUUUCAGGACUUGUAAAUGGGCGCAUAACGCCGGAACUGAAAGCCGACGAGGAAGGACUGACAAAAGAGCGCUGGGAAGCAUUGAACGCGAAUGGAGUGGUUUCAGAUGAGAUGGAUGUCUAUCGAUUGGUAUAUUUUGGUGGAGUUUGUCCAGAGUUACGGAAGGUGGUGUGGCCAUACUUACUUGGACAUUACAGUUUUGGUUCAACGCCUGAGGAUCGAGAGAAGCAGGAUGAGAGCUGCAAACAUUAUUAUGAGACGACAAUGAGCGAAUGGCUAGCAGUAGAUGCAAUUGUACAGCAACGAGAAAAGGAAAAAACAUCUCGCGCGAUAGCUAAACUAAGCUCGGGCAGUAAUAGUGGCAAUGAAAAGACCGUGCGGGCUGCCGAUGUCGAAACCGGUGAAUUGGAAAACGAGGUGUUCGAAGAUAUAUCCGAUAUUUCUGAUCCUGGUGAUUUAGAGUUCGAAGACGAGCAACAGCGCCAGGCGCAAGCCGCAAAAGCGGAAGGCAACACGCAAAAUUUCUUAUCAGUUAAGCCGUUACCACGUGCUAUGAAGACUAGCACAGACUCUGGCAACGUAGACGAGGCAAUGGAGGAGGAAGACGAGAUUAAUGCCCAAGAGGCGAUAUCGAAGGAGAAAGAUGAUACGCUAUCAGCAAAACAGGACAUCAUUGAUGCGGGCGUCAAUGAGCCAAUAUCAGAUGCAAGCACUAAAAGUGAGCAACUGUCAACGGAGGCAAGCGAAGCGGGCGGACAACCCGAGCAAAGUGAAAAAACUUCAACGUCUUCGUCAUCUUACGAAACUGUGGGUGCUGGUUUUGGAUAUACAGAUUUGGAUUUGCAUACAUCCAUGUCAGCAAAUUUGAAUUCAACAGAGGAACCAGACAAGAGCGUAUUGAGUCCAGAGUUUUUGAGUGCCGAUGACUUGCCAACACAACUUGUUGGCGAAGAGGCACAGCUAGUUGCUGCUCGAACUGAGGCCGCAAGAGCUUCUGACAACUCAGCGGUGGGAGUGAAUGUUGCUGGUCGCCCUUCAGCUGUAAUCGUAACCAAUGCUUCAGUUGAUGUGGCAAAUUGGUUGCCUGGCGUGAAAAUGGAAAGCGCGCAAAUGCCGCAGUUGUUGGAACAGGGUUCGCUUGAAGCAAAUGUCGAAGAGGCGGCUGUAGGUGGUGGCAGCUCGAUUAUGGAUGCACUGCGGGAACCUAAAUCCGCAUGUGUUUCACCUGCCAGCUCGAAUGGCGGCGUAUAUAGUAGCGAAUUGCUGGAACAGUUCGGUUUGAAUUUACAUCGCAUCGAGAAGGAUGUGCAACGUUGCGAUCGCAACUACUGGUAUUUCGCAAAUGAGAAUUUGGAUAAGCUCAGAAAUGUCAUAUCCACCUAUGUAUGGGAGCAUUUGGACGUUGGUUAUAUGCAGGGCAUGUGUGAUUUGGUGGCGCCGUUGUUGGUUAUAUUCGACGAUGAAUCUCUGUGUUAUAGUUGCUUCUGUAAGUUGAUGGAACGCAUGAUCGAGAAUUUUCCGAAUGGCGGGGCCAUGGAUAUGCAUUUUGCGAAUAUGCGUUCCCUCAUCCAAAUACUGGAUUCAGAGAUGUAUGAUUUGAUGGAUUCGAAUGGCGACUACACACACUUCUAUUUCUGCUAUCGCUGGUUUUUGCUUGAUUUCAAGCGUGAAUUGGUAUACGAUGAUGUCUUUGCUACAUGGGAAGUGAUUUGGGCGGCGAAACAUGUGGCUUCCAGUCAUUUUGUACUCUUCCUCGCUUUGGCGCUGCUAGAAACAUAUCGCGACAUAAUACUUUCAAACAGCAUGGAUUUUACGGAUGUCAUAAAGUUUUUCAAUGAAAUGGCUGAGCGACAUAAUGCGCAAGCGGUGUUGCAACUGGCUCGCAGUUUCGUGCUGCAAUUGCAAAUGAUAAUCGAAAAUAAAUAAAUAUUUUUUUUGUAGUUGCUUAGAGUUGAACAUUUAUGUAUGUACAUAUGUAACUGGAAUUGAAAGUAGCGGGUAAAAAGUUUUCAAUACUUGUUUUCGAAAUGCAUACCUACAUAGCAAACAUAGCGCCAAAGACAGAUGCUUCCAAAGAAACAGAUAAUAAAAAUUGAAUAAUUCGAGGGAGUUUAUUAAAAGUUGCAAAGAAUAUGAAGAAUAGAGGAAAGCAGAAUUACUAAAAAAAAAACAUUAAAAAGAAAGAAAAUUAGUUUUAACA